GGCGUUCUCUUUGCGGUCAGAGCGGGCAGAGCCAUCCCGAGGGGUGGGUCUUCAUCCGGCGACAGCGAGGAAAGAAAAAAAGGAAAAGCCACCUUUUUCAUUGUUGAGGACGCGGUGGAAUGUGAUGGUUUGAUGUCGAACGGAUUUGGGAAGGGGAUAUCCGAGAGAAAGAGGCUGAUUUAGGGCGAAGGGGAAAAGGAGGCAACUCUCCCAGCUGCAGGGCUUCCGAGAACGGGAUGAACUUGUCUUGUCCUCCCCGGCUGCAGUGAGGACAACUGGCCGCGUUAGCUACACUCAAGCCGGGGUCCUGUUUUUGUGGAUAUACCUCUCCGUCUCGCCUCCACGGAACACUUUGAAGGGGAUGGAGACUUUGGGAAGAGAAGGUUAACAUGUCAGAGAUGAAGGAUUUGUCUGAGAUAUGACAGAGUUGUCCACUAAAUGCCAAGCUGACGGAACUUCAAAGCACGUCUUGUAAAACACAGGCAGAUAAGAGCCACUCCAGUUACCUUUACCUUUCACUUUGGCCAUCAUCUAACAUUCAAUCAGACUUCAACACUACCACACAAAUGUGGACCCCUCCAAAUAACCAAAUAACCUGAAGAAAAGAGCAUAAAUUUAAAAAUAUAGCACACAAGACUUGGUAGCCAUGUCUGACAUGACACAUCGCCACCUGCGGCACAAGCUACAAAGUGUCAGCAGACGGCUGGAUGAACUGGAAGAAGCCAACAACAAACUGCAGAAGUCUGAAGAUGAGUUGCUUGACAUACAGGACAAGAUCAUCCAGGCAGAAGGCAGCAACUCAUCCUUGCUUGCUGACGUGGAGGCCCUGAGGAAACGCCUCUUGAAAAUCCAAGGUAAAGAUGAGGAGGUACGCAAAGCAGAGGACCUCUGCCGCACAGUGAGAGAGAAACUGGAAGAGGAAGAAAACCUCACGAAGGAGCUCAAAGCGGAGAUUGAACAUCUACAGCGGAGGUUGGCAGAACUGGAGAAACUGGAAGAAGCUUUUGGGAAAAGCAAGUCGGACUGUAGCCAGCUCUGUCUCAGCCUCAACGAGGAGAAGAACUUAACAAAGAAGCUGUCUACUGAGAUGGAGUCCCUCAAAACCCGUUUGAAGGAAAUGGAGGCAUCUGAGAUGAAGCUGGACAAAGCAGAGCAGGCUUUAACUGCUGAACUUGACAAACUCAAGGGAUUCUACCAGGCCUUUGAGAACGAGCAUAAGAUGAUAACAGAGAAGCAAAGAGAAGAUGAGAAAAUCAUUCUUAAGCUCACAGAAAAACUGGAAGAGCAGAAGAAUCGCCUAGGUAUGGCUGUAGAUCCCAGUCGUGCGGAUUUCAUGAGGUCAAGGAUUGAAGAUGAGCUGUCCUCCACGGGCAUCCUCUCCGGACGCAAGAAGAGCCUUGACUACAACAUGGGCCUGCUGAAUAAGUCUGAGAAUCAGAAGAACAGUGGCCUUGCGGGGUCACAGGAGGAAGACAACAAAGUGAAGGAGCUUACACAGGAAGUAGAACGGCUUAAGAAUCGUCUUAAGCAGCUAGAGAUUGUGGAGAAUGACCUGAAGAGCUCAGAGUCCAAAAACGAUGAGCUUCACGAAAAGUUCCAGAUGGAACGCAAGCGGGCUCGCCAACUGAGCGAGCAGGUGGAACAGCUCAGGACGCAGCUGUGCAGUAAAGGUGGAGUCGGAGGGAAUGUGGCUAGCAAUGUGGAUAAACAAGGCAACGGAAGUGUUAACAUCUGCCCUGGCAGCCUUGCCAAGCACCUGGAGAAUGGUAAAGCUGAGAAUGAAGAGUUUGGGAAGGGAAGUUUUAGGCAAGAGAAGCCGAAAUAUCGUAGUGCCGUGUCCACCGCAGAACCCAUCUCUCCCAAGCACAGGAACAGGGAGCUCUCCCCUCAGCACAAGAGAGAAACCAAGCUGAGGACUAAAGAGCUCAGCAACUCAGAGGAGAGUUCUGCUAUAACUGUGAAGAGAGCCCUCAGUCCUGCACACAAAAGUAGGCGGACGCCCAAAACCCCGAAUUCUCUCUUUUCAUCUGAUAAUGGAAUAAAAGAGACAAGCCGAGGAAUUGAGGAAAAGACAUACAAGGGAGCCACAUACAGCUCUGUAAAUACACCUUCUAGUGAUAUUAAAAAAGUAUCUGUCCUUAGUCGGUACCCCCCAGCAGCUAAUGACCACAAGCCCCUGAGGACAGCUCACAGGCAGAGUGAAGGGGAGAGGAAUAAGAGCAGAAUGGAAAAGUUUUCAAAACUGUAUGCAGGUAGUGACAGUGAAUCAAACAACUCUGAUGUAGUCCCAGAAAGCAGUGUCUCUGCACUAGAGAAGGACACCAAGCCCGCCUCAGACCAAGAAUUAACGGAACAAGUUCAAGAUCCUGUGUUCGUCACCUCCAAGCUGUCCAAGGCAAACGAAUCCUUCAAAGCUAACAGGUCCAACGUCAAUCAACUGCUGCCGAAUGACCAGGGCUCAGAGGGUCAUUCCUCUGCUUCAGAAACAGAAUCCACUGGUUCAAGACCCUCGGAACCAGAGACUGUAAAUGAAAUGACUACUACAACCUCUAGCAGUAGGACGCCAACCUCUAGAUAUCCUAGAUAUUCACAUGUCAAAGACUCCCAUUCAGAGGGCUCCUCCUCUCGAAGUUCGUUCGAUGAAGAGCUCCACAGCAGAACAAGUGUACCCGAAGGAGGCAUUAGCGCUUCGUCCGUGAUCGAAAUCCAGCGUGUUUGCAGUCCACGUGAAGCACUGAGGUCCAAAGCAGUGAUCAAACCUGCCAUUAUUGAGAUCGACAGAAAAGAAAUGAUGAUAUCGGACCCCUUCUCCGCCAACGGCAAGCCCAAGAUAUCCACCAAACCCGUAUUGACUAGUACCAGUAAGAUGACCAGCAGUAUAACCAUCUAUCCCAAUGACCCUAGCUCUUCUAGAACCAGCAGCCGCAGCAGUAGCGUGUCCAGUGAGCCCAUGUCCGCCAAGGAACGCCACACGUCCACCAGUAACUUUCUCAUCGGCCCUAGCAGUGACCACCAUGGCAGCGUCUCAAUCCCUUACGAAAUCUCUAUCCCCAAGAGCGAAAUCACGAUGCAGCCAAGCCAGGAACAGGAUUCUGGUGCGGAUUACCUCAAUGAUUCCACGUCCAAGUCCAAGCUCCACAACACCUCCAGGAUAGAGACGUCCACGAGCCACAUUUACCACCAACGCAGCAACUUCAGCCACCAGUCUCCGGGUACCAACUCUGCAGACCUCAACAACACAGAAUCAGGAUUAGAUUCAUUCACCAGCUGGAGAAACCAAAGACAAAGACAGAGGCAGUCCCAGGAAGAGCGUUUACCAGACUUGAGGAAUGUAACCGUGAGAAGCACCUGGAAGAACCAUGGCACUACAUCGGCAGAGGAUGAGAAGGGGGGGGGAAGAGUCGCCGGACGGGUAAUCAUGGAUGGAGGAGGUUCAGAGGAUGAGGCAGAAACCACAACAACAUGGAGGGCUUAUCUCGCGACGACAGUUGACUCUGAAGACACGGUGAUCCACGGACCAAGACUUGGUGGGAAUAAAUCGGCAGCAAAAGGAGCCAAGCCAUCACCUGCAGAGGUGUACAUGCGAAACAUGAACAAAGACGCAGAGGAACCGGCACUCCAUCGUGGUGUAAGCACCAUGGAAGCCCUGGGAAGGACUAUACCUCACGCACCUGUCACCUCACAGUCCUGGAGUCGCUCGUACUCGCAACAAUCACCGGGUGCAAAUAGCGGCGAUCACUGUCCAAGCCCGAGCCACAACCAGGCCUCAUGGAGACAAAACCUCUCCAGCACUAACUCCCUCCCCCUGGGGAGCUCCAGCGACCGGACGGGCAAGACGACCACAUCCAGAGGUGAGCAGUGGUCCGCUCGGGCUCAAGGAUCCGCGGCCAAAACGGAAGGAAAGACCGGAGCGUCAGGGAGUCGUCUGUGGAGCCAUCGUCAGGCCGAACGCCAUUAGCACAACCUAGAGGGAGGUCAGCAGGUGGCAGCAGGUGCGGUUCUGCCAUCUCCAGCAGCUUUUAGAAGCAAGCCACAACAACAAAACAAUCAGCCACAUUUAAAAAAAAAAAAAAAAUCACCAUCGCACGCGGCGUCUUGUGCAACGAUGACAAACGAUGACAAGAGAGGAACACUCUUGAAUGACUUCAUCUCACAAACUGCCGCGUCACACGCCGAUACGUGACGAACGUGCGGCGACGGCGACUUCCAAUGCGACCAAAAACAGGAAGCGAGCGACUCCAAAUUGAGCAACCGUGUCCGCCUUUUCUGGACUUUGACGCACUCGGGCGCACACGACGGAUGACAAAUGGAAGAGGGAUGAAUGAUGACUCAGCAUCUUACAUAUAAAACAACCGGGACCUUUUUUGUGUACAUUUUUUUUCCGUACUGCUUUCUGCUGACAAAUCUCAACCACAUGCACAUUUAGGAAGGCAUACUAGUUGAUUUGGUAAGUCUGCAUAUCUUCUACGUUUCCCAUGGUGCUUCUCUUCUUUGUUUUUGUCAACAUGUGCUGUAACCGUGUCCUCAAUCACUGAGCGAUACGAUCACGUGCUACUUUUUGCACAUGCCAGCCAAUCACAGGACGAGCCAGGUGGGCGCACACGGACAAAUUACGAGUUGGAGCGAUGCCGCAUGGGUGUCUGGUUGAUGGAAAUGACACAAGAAAGUGCAAAAGACUGUAAUAUGUUAAAAAGAUUACAUUAAAAAAAAUGAUUUGGCAUUUUUUCCAUAAUAUUUGAACAAAGAGAUUCGUGUCCGAAAUGAUUUAUGCUCGUUAUUAACACACAUUUACGUACAGUUGAUUUACUAGAAUUCCUCAAAAUGUUUUUAAACAAAGAAAUAACAGCACAGAUGACAAAUUUAUGAUUCAAAUCUCACAUUUUUGCUGCAAUGUUUCAAAGUCGACUGGAAGUUUGUCCGGGGUGUGAAUCAUUCAGUGAUUAUUGUAAUUUAGAAUCUAAGACGACCCAGAUUUAUAUUUUUUUCAUAGCGCGUGUGAGUGACAGGAAGAAAAGCUCGUUUUCUGCCACCUGUUGGGCCGCAAGCGUAAAUCUAUAUAAAUAUACAUCUUCUACACAAUGUAAGACGAAAAAAUAUUGUCUCAUAUUCGGCAUAUAAGACGAGCGCGACGGGGGUGCCAUGGAAAUACGGCCAAAAAAGAAACGUUUUGUCCUUUUUAAUAAGAUUCUUCGCAAACUCUGUGAUGAAAUGUUGGAUUCUUGCAAAGGAGUUGGUUUGUCCUCUGUUGCUCGGUUGGGAUUAUCUUACAUUCUAUUCGCUGCUCUAGCAGCCAUACUUAUCGUGUCCAUCGGAGCCAUUUCCGUUGUCAACACAGUCAAGUAUUAUUUUGGAUGCUUUUUGGUUUGAACGGAAUUAAAUUUACGUCAAAACAAGUUUUCUCGUUUUGUUCCAAUCGUACUUCAAAGCCCAGUCGAGAACCGGGACCUCAGUACUCCGAAAUCCUGGAUUUCUAGCUCGGAAAAUCCGAACCCUUGGAUGUAAUCAUGUUUUUCCCCGCCGAUCAUCUCGGCUUCAUCGUUCCUGGAAAGUGGAGCCUAGUUCGGAGUCAAAGAAUUUGCAACAGGUAGUGCUGGGCAGCUCUCUCGCUCGCCAGAAAGGUCAAAGGUUGCCCCCCCCCCGUCUCAACUACCUUGGGGUGUCUAAAUGCGGUACUGAAACCGUAGAAGGGUGUCCGGUCCCGCCGGAGACACGCUGAUCAUCGCGUUGAACUUGGAUAUGACAUCACCGCAGGGUUUUUUUGGGGGUUUUCUUUUUAAAAUAGCACCCCGCCUGUUUCACGUACCGCCACAAAUCACCUUACGUGUUGGCUAGUGAAGACAAUUUUGGCACCUCCAGACUCCCAUUUGUCUGUGUUGCAAGGUUAUCCUGCGUUCCAUUCGGCGCUCUAGUCGUCGCACUAAGGUAGCUUGUUGGUAUGAAUGUCUAAGGGAGGGGCCGGCUGUUGUUUUUAGCUGUGCAUUUGUUCACUUACUUGAAAAGCAUUCUCAUGACUUUUGUUUUGUUUUGUUUUGUUUUUUGUCGGACAGAAGCGGAACUAUCAUUUUGUGAUCAUUCCGCAAGCAAAUCGAUUUUUUUCAAAGACGACCAAUGCUUUUUCAAGACCCUUCAUUUAUUUUAACAUCAGAAACAAAAAUAGCCCCCUUUUUUAUGGUUUGAUCAUUUUGCUUUAUUAAUCACCAUUAUCGUAAAAUUGGCGUCAUAGCUCCUCUGUGUCGGCAGGUUGCUGAUGUGCGCGGCGUGAGUGACAGGAAGAAAAGCUUGCUCGCAUGCAGAUAUCUCUUGACCCAGAAUAUAAGAAAACAGCAUUUUGACUUAAAGUGAUUAGUUUUUUUCAUGUUGAAUAAGUAUGUUUUUAACUGGAAAUGACAAAAAGCAGGUAAUAACUUCAAAGAAAGCAUUUAAAAAUAUAUAUAUAUAUUUUCCGUUUUUUUUUUCAUAAUUUUUCAACAAAUAGGUCAAAUGAUUUAUGGCAGGUUCUAAAUUGAGUUGAUUUAGAAUGCUGAUAAAACAACAUGCGUCAAACAUGUAUAAAACAUCAUUAAUCAUUAACAUCAUUAACAUCAUUAAUAUCUCGACGUCUUACAUUCUUUUGCCACAAAUUCAACAAGUUUAAAAAAAACACACACAAUUUGGCGACAGCGUAAGUAUUUCCCCUUUUUCACCCGAAUAUAAGACGAUUCUGAAUACUUUCAUUAGAGCGUUUGCAUGUAUAAAGCUCCAGACAUCAAAUAUAAGACGACCUGUCUUUUUCUACAGUACACGACUACACAUUACAGUACAAUACUUCAAUCUUGUCAAAUUGAAAAUGUGGCAGCCUCCAUUGUGGUGUUAUAAUCUGCACUUAACCAGCACUUAACUCACCUCUUCAUGGAUUCAUGCCCUCUUUUAUGGUCAAAAACCCGCUUGACUCCGAAUGCUUCAGUUUACUUUCAUUUACUGCAAAGUUCAUCAAGUCAGUCCUAAAUGUUGUGCCAAAAACAAAUCAUUCCACCAUAUUUGUAGUUCCUCCUCCAGCUGGAUCUCCUCUUUUUUUUAUUUCUUUGUUAAAACAACAAAAAAGAUGUCUUAUUUUGGAAGCUGAUAGAUUUUAUUUAAGGUAAAAAAAAAUCUUGUAAUUUUGUAAAGUGGGCCUUAUUAUUAAUGGAAUAUAUUUGUCCGUCUUCUGUGGUUUUAAGAACGAUAUAUAUUUUUGUUUGUGUGUUAUAUUACACUCCUGGAGAGUAUUUCGUCCUGUAUUAUUUUGUGUUUUUGUUGUUUAAGUACAUUUCUCAAUACCUGGAGGACACAAAAAAAAAGGGCGGGGUGAUGUGGCGCUCAUUUGGCCUUCAAUUCAGGGUCUUCUGUGCUCUUUGUUCUGCCAAAGAAAUGAAUAAAUAGGAAUUUAAGGAGCGUAUCAUCAAUACAAGCAGAGGUGUCAAACAUGGCAAUAAAAAUGGUGACUCUGUGAGGGAAAGGUUGUGUAUUUUUGCUUUUGUUCACUUUUAGACGUAAGACAAUGUGCAUGUUUUAACUUUACUGGCGCAUGUAGCUCUCUUGCCAACUGUACAGCAGACCGUAUGUAUUCUAAUAAAAAUAAAAUGCAACCUAUUUGUAAAACACGCUGAUUCUGACUAAGUCUGUGCGUUUUUAUUUCUUUUUUUACGUGCUCAGCAAGUUUGUAAUUUGGCACAAAUUGGUGAAGAGCUCACGCUGGUGUGGAAUGUGAAACGUCAGCACGUGCCUCCCUUUAAAGAAAAAAAAAAAAAGAAAGCGUGUGACUUUUGUCCAAUGCAAGAGUACUUUUUAGGAGCUCAUUCAUAUACUUUUUGGCUUGAAUUCAUAUUCAUGUCGUACUGUACUGGGAUUGGGGGGGUGCUGUAAGUGACCUUAUUUUUAGUCUUUUCAGUAGCCACCACUAAUGCUCACAAUUUUUAUAUCUCAAAUUUUUUUUGUACGUGUGUUUGUGUACACAUUAUAUAUAUAUAUAUAUAUAAAAUAUAUUAACAUACUGGGAAAUAAUCAUUUUGAUAUCUUUUUUUUUGUUUUUUUGCCUAGUCCACUGGUGAUGCUUUUUUUUUUUCAUUGAAAUGUUUUAUUUAUUUUUUUUAAACUUAUUUUUUUGUUAAUAUCAAAGAAUGAUUUUCUUUUUUUACCAGCACACAAAUGUAAAAUUCCCACCUCUAAGGCCGCCAUUGUUAUAUUUAAUUCCUCGAUUGGGAAGAAAUGAUGCGUUCAUGUUGCAUUUUCAGAAUUUAAUAAGAAAACAAAUAAAAAAAACAUUUGCUGAAAAAAAAAAAGAAUUACAUAUUUUCAAUAAAUCUUUUUAAUACAAACUAUACUACACUUUGCAACCUAACCGAUGGCAAUUAAAACUCAGGAGGUCAAAGUCAUGCUUUGAAGACGUCCCUCCGUCUCCAUCAUGCACUCAGUUUGGAAUGUGUAGGAUGGACGACAUCCUGUUUUACAGUCUCAAUUUGCGGAGGACGUUUAGACGGCAGCGGCGGGCUGAGCUUGAGGCGGGUUGCUGGCUGCGGCGGCGGCUGUGGGCGUGGCCUGUCUGGGGAGAGUGUACAUGGCGCCCAGGAACUGAUCGGCGAUGCGUCCGGCCUCACGGAGCCCGCUGAGGAGGGCGCCGUGAACCGUGGCGGGGUAGUUUCUGAUGGUGUGCUCGCCAGCAAAGAAGAGCCGCGGCACGGGCUGAAAAAUAAAACGCCGUGCGAAUGAGCCUUUUCAAUGGAGGUCUGCUUGACGAUGAGACUGUGCUCACCUGAGAAGCUCCAGGGAUGGCGGGCCCGGGCGUGAUGGGCUGAGCCAUGAGGUCGUAGUCGUUACCGGAAGACCCCGCCGCCACGUAGGAAUACGACCCUCUCGCCCAGGGGUCGGCGCGCCAACGGGUCACCACCGUUUCCUUCGGCUGCCGUUGCGACAAACAUCACAUAAGACAGACGCCGAUGCUUCCACUUAAACAACGGAGGUGAAAAGUCGUACCUGAGGCACCGCGCUGCUGCCGAAAAUCCCUUUCAGAAUGGCGAGGCAGCGCCCCACGAUGACAUCAUCGCUGAUGUUCUCCAUGAUGCCGGCCGCCUCGCCCGCCAUCAGGGCCAGCAGGAUGGGAGCUAGAUCAAGAUGAUCGGGACAUUGAGGAUGUUUUAGAGCCACAUACGUUAGUUGGUGAGGCUGCUUACCUUUGUAGAGGUUCCAGAAGAGGAAGAGCUCGCCGCGACUCGCCGUGGUGGAACCCACGUGACCGAACAGGUUGACGCUGGGAUCCCAGAACACGCGGUCGAAACACAACACCACCUGCAAAAAGGGAGCAAGACUUUGUAAGACAUGACUUAAAAUGAGGGGGGUAUUCAGUGAUGGCGGGAGCUCAUAAGGGUACUGAAGGAGCCAAUAGAUGACGUGGCGUUGCUGAGCACGCUGAGCUUGUUUAGACAGGAGUUCAAAUGAGUGUGGUGGUGGGGGGGGGUUCAUGCGGGUUCUUUAGAAGAUUUGCUGCAAAUAUCUUUCUUCCUGUGGCUAACAAGCUUGGGAAAAAAAGAAAACAAACUAUAAAAGCGUGCAUUUUGUUCAUUGCUGUGGUAGAAUGCAGAUUAAUAGUGCCAGGAUUUUAUUUUCGAAGCUCACUUUGCACGGAACAGGAAGUGAGGGUGUGGAUGUUUUAAUGCUGUGUAACAACACAGUGGUUGUGUCGCUUUGCGAUGCCGAUGAAGUUGACAAUACCGCAGCAUAUGUCGACAUAAACGGACCUAUUCUUCAGGGAAGUGACCCCUUUGGGUCUCGAUGUCAGCUUGAGCGGGCACCGGGACUUGAGUUGGUGGACAUUAACGGGACGGACUGUUCUGUACUUGUUUAGGGAGCAAUUCAGGUGGCUUUAGGAGGGAGUUCAUCCAGCAAAACUUCUAAGAGUUUGGAGCAACACAAACCUAACGUUGUUAAGAAGAUAGAUUUGUUCAUUCUCUUUAGCCAGCAAAGUGCACAUUUUGAAAAAACAGCAUUGUCUGCACUAGCGUAGCAGAGGAAAUGACUUUUUUUUAGCCAAAUCUCGAAGCAAAGAGCAGAAUGAGGAUGUGCUGAAUGAUGUUAGCAUUUAUUUAUUUGUCAAUUGUGCAUUUUCUAUCUCUGCAUGUUGGCAUAUUCCUGCAGUCCAAGAUCACAUCCAGGAUAUCAGGGUCAUCAAUCAGUCGGAGCGUUAAAGUCUGUAUGAUUGACAGGUGAUAGGUCCAGGGGUUCGUCCUGCCCUAAACGAGUUGGUGUACCUCUGUGAUGCUGAACAAGAUAAAUGGAGGUGCUGCAGUGGACAUGACCGGUGGAGCUCCCUCUGUUGGAGACAGAGCGUAUUGCAGCAGGUUGCAUAAUAAUGCAGUGUGCUGCAGCAGAAGCCGGACAUAAAACUACUCUGCAACUCAGGAGUGACGCAGAGCCAGCAGAUCUCCUCCCCUACGUCAUCCUGCCGACACUCCUCCACCACCACAUCAGAAUAAAGACAUAGUAUGUCAUCAUCGUUGCCAUCUAUCAUCUGUCUCCUAAAUGACACUGCAGCAAAACACAAAAGGCCUCCCACUGGAAUCCAAUGAGUUGCUAGCGUGUGCUCUACCUUGUUGAGGUUUCCGAAGCCCAUCCUCUGUAUGGCGGCCGUCUUCCAUUCGGGCAACGGUGGCACAAACUGCACGGCAGGCGGCUGCUGCUUGAGCACGCCGAGCGGCAGCGUGCACAGCACCGCAUCGCACUUGUAGAUGAAGGUCUGGGUGGCCGAGCGAGUGUUGACGGCGAUCACCUCGCAGCCUGCGGGGAGAUCAGACGCGCUUGUCAAACGCUUUGCACCGUCUUGCAGCGGGGUUAGCGACACGCUUACCUGAAGCCGUGUAUCGAACCUGUCGCACCGCUGUGUUGAGUUUGAUGUCCAAACCCUCCGCUAGAGCCACGGGGACGCACGAGUAGCCGUUCCUCACCGUCAGGUGGCUGCCGGUGAACUCAAAGUCGUCGUCCUGUGGAGGGACAUGAGGGAGUGAGCCCAGCGUCCAUGUUUGUUCACAGUCGUGGGAGACAGAGUGGACAUACCUGAUCCCAGUGUUUGAGUGACAGGGUGGAGAGGGGCGUGGCGUUAGCAAACUCCAAGUUAGCAAAGUGCCAGUCUAGUAUCUGGCGGUCUCUAGAGGACAGGUAGACGUCACUGUGGGCAGAGGAGGAGGAUUGCAACAAGAAUUACAAGAAAUACUCCAAUUAACGCCUUGCAGAGUUGCCAGGACAGGUGAUACCACCAUGGGUCACAGUCACCCUCUUUCUGUACACGUGGGAUCUGUAAAGCUGAUGUUUGACAAAGUGCUACCGUGUCUCUCCUCUGAAUCAAAACCACCUUGACGUCUGGUACUCUCUGCAGCUGAGCAAAGAAACAUCUCCCACCUGGCUGUUAUAUGAGGAAAUGCUGCAUUUUGUGAAGACAAUGUGGAUGAGUGUGGCUGUUAAGAAGGUUCCU